AUGAGCCAAUCCAUUGCACCGAAGAGCAUUGCCGGCCAGACCAUUGGUCCCGUUGGCUUUGGUUUGAUGGGUCUCACGCGUCCAUGGGACCCAGUCGAGUACUCUGCUGCCGUGAAGGUCAUGAAGACCGCACUGGAGCAGGGUGCCAACUUCUGGAAUGGGGGAAUUCACUACGGAACGCCGACCGCCAACUCACUGCACCUGCUCAAGCACUACUUCGAGCAAUACCCCGAAGAUGCCAGCAAGGUAGUACUCAGCAUCAAAGGCGCCUACGACGCCAAGACGCACACCCCGGACUGCAGCCCAGAGGGCAUUCGGGCAUCGGUAGAAGAAGCCGUCAGAGUCCUGGACGGCGUCAAGAAGAUCGACGUAUUCGAGUGUGCACGAGUUGACCCCAAGGUCCCCAUCGAGACAUCCAUCCAGACUCUGGCGGAGCUCGUCAAGGAGGGAAAGAUUGGCAGCAUUGGUCUCAGCGAGGUCAGCGCAGCGACGAUUAGACGCGCGCACGCUGUCCACCCCGUCGCGGCGGUUGAGAUCGAGCUCAGCAUCUUCACGCCUGAUGUUCUCAGCAACGGCGUAGCAGAUGCAUGCCACGAACUUGGCAUUGCUGUCGUGGCAUACAGCCCCGUGAGUCGAGGCUUGCUCACGGGCGAGUUCCGAAAGCCAGAGGACCUUCCGUCAAACGACAUGCGACACAUGCUGCCGCGCUUCAAGCCCGAAGUCUUUUCGCAAAACUUCAAGCUCGUCGAGGCCGUCGAGAAGAUCGCCAAGCGCAAGGGAUCCACGGUAGCGCAGGUUGCCAUUGCCUGGGUCAGACGACAGGGCGCCAUUCCGAUCCCUGGAUCAACCAAGGUUGAACGGAUUGCGGAGAACUGUACGGAUGUGGAUCUAAGCCAGGAGGAUUUGGAGGAGAUUCAGCAGCUGAUCGAGAGCUUGCCUGUGGCAGGACAACGCUACGGUGGACGAUUUGAGGAGUAUCUCAACAAGUAG